AUGGAUCAAGCAAUUCUUUUGAAAGUCAGGGAGGCACUUUAGUUAUCUAUGAUGAGUACUGAUAAAUCAGUUAGAGAUGAAUCUACUCAGUUUUUAAAGCAAAUGAAUUUAAAUUAGCAGUUCUUCUUGAUGUUAUUUGAGAUCAUCAACAAUAAAGAGUAUGGAGAGACUCAAAAUUUAUAAGCAGCAAUUUACAUAACAAAAUUCAUACAAACUGAAUACGUAAAUUUAGAAGGAACUUUCAAAUUCGACCUAUAAGAUGCAAUGCUUUAGUCUUUCCUUAAUCAUAGCAUUUCAAAAGUUAGAAAUUAGCUUAGAGUAGGAAUCAUGCGUUUAAUUAUUACUGAUUUUCCUAAAAGCAAGAUAUUAGAAUUACUGAUUUAAGCUCUCAGUAAAGAGAAAUUACUUUAAAUGAGCAGUGAGUAAAUUACAACAAUAACAACACUCUACUAUUUUGUUUUUAAAGCUCUCUAUCAAGACAAGUAGCAUGAUCAUAAGCUUAAAUCUUAUGUCGUCAAUUAUUUUAAUUAAAAACGCGAUUUGUUUGUUGCUAUUAUUGCUGCUUCAGUAGAAAAACUUAAGCUAUUUGCUGCUUCUUAUCAGAAUGGCAUAGCUAAUAUAGAUUAGGCUAUGAAUGAACUGAAUAAUCAAGUAAGUAUUUCUUGUCUAAGAUACGCUAUUAAAUUCUUAAAUAUAGAAAAUUUACUCUCAAUUAACAACUAAGCUUAACUCAGUGAGCUUGUUAAUCAAGUAUAAGUAGUUUAAUAAAUUACGCUUAGUUUCAGUAGCUUUGUAAAUCUCCAUGAAUCUGUUGAUUAACAAGAGAAAUUAUUUGAUUUUAUCCAUUCAUUACGUUAAGUUAUUUACAGCUAUCACAAAUAUUUCAUUGGUGCUGUUUAAGAAAAAAGAACCACUGCUAAUAAAUCUAUUGCAGUCCUCGAAUACUUUAAAGGCACAUACUUUGUAAACUCUUAAAAUCUUAUUCUAAACAAUGAAAGUUUUAUCAGUUCUCAAUAAUUAAACGAUAGCUCAUUACUCAAUAAGCUGAACUCUUAGCCUAAAUUAGUCUAAUUCUUCGAAGAUGAAUGCAAUCUAAUUACUCAAUCUCUCAAUUUUUGCAGUGAACUUAUAUAAGUAUUAGGUUUUCGUUCUACUUAGCAUCUUUUCUAUGGAGAUCAAAAAUCAUUAGAAGAAAAUUGUGAAGAUGAAGUAGUCAUAUGUCAGUAUUUCGAUUAACACUAUUUCUAGAUUAUUAUAGAAUUUCUUCUCAAAAAGGUUCUCAAACUUAAUUGGAGUCAGUUAGCUAUGAUAAAUUUAGAACCUGAAAGAGCAUUUUCUGAAGAUAAAGGUUCAGAUAUGACAGGAAUUCGUAAAGCUGGUGUAAAUUUAUUGAUAGUGUUUAUGCAAAGUGUUAACGAAGAAAAGAUGUUAGAAUUAAUUAACUAACUUUUGAUUUAAUUUACAUCUAGUAUUUGCACUGGCAAAUAAGCCUAUUCAGAAAUGUUAGAAAGAGAAGCAUUUUAUUUCAUAAUGAACGGCCUUUACAAAGAUAUCAAAAAUACUAUUGAAUUUGAAGAUUGGUAUGUUAGUGUACUAUCUACUGAAUUGAUUAUUGAUGAUGAUAAUUUAAUUCCCCUUAAAGUAUAGAUUCUUAAUCUUAUUUAUAGCUACUUAUCUAAUUCCUACCAAAUUCCUGAAGAAACUGCUUUGAGUUUAUUUUAAACUAUAGCUUCAUUAAUGAUUGAUAGCAACUAAUCCAUUUACAUUAGAUUAAUGAGCAUGAAGUGCUUUAUACCACUCAUGGAUAACUGCAUAGAUUUGAUGGUAAAUAUAGAUUAGAUAAUGGGUGGAAUUAGAGAAUUAUUCAAUCAAUGUGAAGAAUCAGAAUCAAAAAUGCUUUUACUUGAAUUUGUCUAAAAUCUUAUUGAUUUAAUUAAGGAUACCUCUCCUGAAUUUAUGACUCCUGUAUUCUAAUUUUUGUAUAAAGAGUGGUAACAAGCUUGUGACAAUGAAGACAGCUAACAACUUUCUUUGAAGGCUUAGAUCACUAAGGUUCUCUCUUCUAUUUUAAUAAAACAAGGGUUGGACAUCACUUAAAUCUAAUUUAUAACUGAAGUAAUAAACUAUGGAACCUAGACUGAUGAACUUUAAGAAAUUUACUUGAUUGAGAAUGCUUGUAGAUUGAUGUAUUUCUUCACAAAGGAAUUAAAUAAAAAACUCAGUGAAGACUAUCCAACUUCUAUGAUGAAUAUCUUAAAAUUAAAGCCAGCAGACAUUUAUACUCCUUAUGAACAGGCUAUACGUGAAAGAGAGAUGCUGAUUAAAGAAGCUGCUAUCUUAGAAAAAGUAUUUUUGAAUUUCGUAUAAAGGAUUGAAUCUAUAUUUUUGAAUAAGUAGAGUUUAUAUAACACUAGUAUUCUUAUCCUUAUAGAAUUAAUAAAUUCCCCAUUUGAAAGUGUUGCUCAAAGCAUAGGAAACACUCUUUAGAAAGGAAUCAUAGAUAACUUAAAUGAAAUUAAAGAUGAGCUCUUCUGCUAUAUUUUUGAUGCUCUAGAAUAUUUAUAAAUUGUUUAUCCUUUAUCUACUGCUCAAGUAGUUGAAUAAAUUACUUUAAAUUUAAUUAGUGAAUCUAUUAAUAAAGGAUUAUUUAACAAUUAAAUGAAAUUAUAUGUACUUAGAAUUAUAGGUCGUGCCUUCUUUAACAAUAUUUCAGUAGGUACUUCUCUCUGUGAAAAAAUAGCUUCUGCUUUCCAAGAGCCUGAUUUCUUAAAUAACUUGCUUUUUGAAACAGCAAAAAUUUUAGAGUAAAUAAAGCCUGAUUUAUAUUUCUACAGAAUGUAGUACAGUUGUAUGCUUUCUGUCAUUCAAAUACUCUUAAAAGUAUCAAAUGCAGAAGGUAAGGCACAUUCUAUUACAGAUUUAAAAAUUCGUUCUCUUAUCGAUACCUAUGUGUAGGAAUUAGAAAAGGUUCUUCAAGUAAUUAAACAAAGCUACGAUAAAUCUAUUUCCUAAGAUGAGCAUUGGAUUUUAGUUAAUUUACGUUAACUAUUAAAGAACGAGGAAAUAUUUGAUCCUCAAGAAGUCAAUAUUGAUCGUGCUAAUUAAAUAACAAAGAAUUUGAAUUAAGAUAAACUUAGAAAAAUAGAUUUUGCUCCUCAUACCAAAUUAUUCUUCACUUAGAACAAUAUAAUUCCUAGCAUAGAAAUUGAUUUCGAUAAACUAUCACUAGAAUGCUGA